AUGCCCAACCCCAACCCCAACCGACCGACCAAGUACUCUGCCGUCCAAAUGACCAGCACCGGCCUACGCACCGCCACCACCGCAUCAACCGCUCCCCGACGCCCACGUCCUCCGCCCUGCCGCAGAUGCAACGCCAUCACAUCCCAGUACACUGUCUCCGAGACCAACGAGAACGGCAACGCUGGACGUCCUUACUACCGCUGCGACCACUGUGGAACCUUUGCGUGCUUCGCGGAUCUGCGAGGUGUGCACCCCGACAACCCCACGUGUGACUGUGAGGGCCAGCUGCCCUGUCGUCUACAGGUAGCCAGCCAGAAUGACCGCCGGUGCUUUCCCGGCGCCUUGUUCUACACUUGUGCGGUGGGGGGAUGCAAUUAUUUCCAGCGGCUAGAGGACGAGGACGGGGAAGCUGUUGUGAUUUUCGAGGAGUCAAUCCCAGCGGGGUUGCAGAGGGCGAGGUAUAUGGAGGAACGGGGGUUGUGA